UUUUUCAAAUUCAAGAACCCAAGUUGAGUAAAUGUAAAACAAAACAGCAUUUCAAACGCUUGGGAACUCUAUGCACGUGUCCUUUAGUAUUUAUUAAGGUAAAAAGAGGAGUGCCUUAACCUCUAGGUUAAGUAUGCUUUUCCAGUACGAGUCACCAGCCAACAUCUUCCUAUAUAUCCCGGAACGAAUCAAGGGCCAUCCUAGUCGAUUAGUCCUCCUUUCAGAAAUAUAUGUAAUGGCACCGGUCGUGCUACUUAUCUUAGUAAUACUACUUCUGGUGAAUACUGGCUCCAGCAUCCUCAAUGCCACGUCCAAAGCAGCUAAACUAUUCCCGGCAAUCCUAAUAUUGGGGGACUCAACAGUAGACACCGGUAAUAACAACUACAUCGCGACUUUGUUCAAGGGCAACCACCUCCCUUAUGGUCGCGACUUCCCUGGUCAAGUUCCCACGGGUAGAUUUUCUAAUGGAAAACUCGUUACUGAUUUCAUCGCUUCUGCGGCUGGUAUCAAGGAGACAGUUCCUCCGUUUCUAGAUCCUGACCUAGAGGACGGACAACUCUGCACUGGCGUUAGCUUCGCCUCGGGAGGAUCUGGGUUUGAUGAUCUGACAACCGCGGUUUCUGGUGUAAUCCCGAUGUCAAAGCAACUUGAAUACUUGAAGAAGUACAUUCAGAGGCUUAGCAAGGUGGUAGGGGAAGAGGAGGCAAAGAAGAUUUUAAGAGGAGCGUUGGUCAUCAUCAGUGCAGGAACCAAUGACUUCAUAUUUAAUUUCUAUGAUAUUCCCACGAGGAGAAUCCAGUUCAAUAUCAGCGAAUACCAAGACUUUCUGCUGGGAAGACUACGAGAAUUCAUAUUGGAACUCUAUGAUCUCGGAUGCCGUAAGAUAGCAGUGGCGGGGCUUCCUCCAGUUGGUUGUUUGCCCAUUCAAACGACCGCAAAAUUCAAGAACCCUGAGGAUCGAAAAUGCAUAGAAGAUGAAAACCUAGAUGCUCGAACCUACAAUCACAAGCUAGCAAAUCUUUUGCCUCAAAUAAAAUCAGUGCUUCCAAAAAGCAAGAUUGCCUACGCGGAUGUGUACAAACCAAUGAUUGACAUGACCAAUCAUCCUCAGAAGUACGGAUUCCUGGAAACAAAGAAAGGAUGCUGUGGCACUGGAUAUGUAGAAGCAGGACCUCUGUGCAACGAACUCACACCAACAUGUCCUAAUUCAUCGCAACACUUGUUCUGGGAUAGCAUCCAUCCAUGCGAGUCAGCGUACUACUACAUCUCUCUGUUCAUAGAGGAGCAAGUUCUUCCUCAAUUAUUCUUUGGCGACUCUACCAAUGUAUACUGAAGAUCCAUUGAUCUAUAUGCCAUUGUAAAAAGAAAAAAAAGGGAGCAGGUAUUACACAUGAUUAGCAAAUAUUAAAGGAGUAAAGGAACCGUUCAAGAUUCAACUUUAUGAGGGUAGAGCCAGAUCCUCGGAUAUAGUAAAUAAUACGAUGUUGAUCGAUCCAAUCUGUACAAGGCUAGAUUGAGUAAGCGCCGGCUGUCAGCCAAGGGUAUGAAUCAUUUCUUUACAGAUACAUUAUGAACUAGCAUUUGAGGAUCAGUUACCAAGGCCAAA